AUGAAAUGGUAUAUACAAGGGUUGGUGUUUGGAUACCUCAGUGCCCCCCAAAGAACUGGGAGGCAAGGUCGUGGUCUGGAGAUGGUAGACGGCCAUCAGGAGCACUCCACUCGACUGGGGUCGCUCACUCGAUCGAGCUUGCGGCUCCUCUUCUCCUCUUCUUCAUUGAAGUGUGUGGCUCCCUUGGCCUUGGUGGAGCUGGUAGCUCGUACUGUCCAUAGGGGUUCCAUCUACUCCGGGGAGCUCCUGGUAAGGCGUUGGAUCGUAUUCAAAUCCCGGAUCCUCGAACUGGGGCUCCUCCAGGUCAACUCGACCGUCAGCUCGAUCGAGUUGAGUUUCCUCUGUUUGGACUCGAUCGAGUCCGGUGGUCGAGCUGGAGCGUCUGGCCUUGGAAGUCUUCCUCCUUCUCUGCGAGUUGUCUUCUCCUUCCCUUGGCUCGAAAGAAGAGGCUCUGUGAGGCUCUUGGGCAGGAGCCUCCUUGGAGUGGUGAGGAGUGAUCUACUCCUAAGGAAUGUGGGGGCUUGGAGCCUUCUUCUUCUUGCUUGA